AGAAGCAAGAGGGAAAAUAGGUAGAAAUCUUCUGGGUAGAAGUUAACCGUUCCCUUCCAGGUUUCCAGGCAACUAACUCUCGGUUCACUCUAACUGUUACGCCCCAUACGAAAAUCCACAUCAUCGAUCCUCUGAACAAUCGGCUUUUUAUGGACUUCAAUAACAUAUAUGCAAUCCCACACAUGGACCACAGGGACCGAAACUAUUCCAUAGAUACAAUGGGAGUGGUUUUCAACACGGAAGCCCAUUUCGUUGACACUGCAAAUCCAAGGAUGGUGUUUUACAUAAGGGACAACAUUCGGAUAAAAUGUGUGGCAACUGGCGAUCAUACUUAUGCCUUCCGGGAUGGUCUUGAAAACAUGAGAGGUCGUGGACAGUUGAGUAAAACGUUUACUAAACUCAUUUAUAGAGAUUACUUUGGUCCUCCAGAUCUAUGGCCUGAGACUCAGGGUGGAUUUUCAGACUUCAGGUUCAAUCCCUGUUUGCCGGAGGUUGAGGAGUUCAGGCAGUCUCUACUACGCAGUGACCCUUAUCUUCAGAGAUAUGGGGAUGUAGUUCUUUUGUAA